AGCCCCCGCCCGUCGCCUGCUAGCUACUUUUCACGAUGUCGACGGUCCACGAGAUCCUGUCGAAGCUCACCCUCGAGGGAGAUCACGCUCUCCCCCCAAGCGCCUACGCCACAGUCAAGGCGUACGGGAACUUCGAUGCCGAUCGGGACGCUGCGGCCCUCGAAACAGCCAUCAAGACCAAAGGUGUGGAUGAGGUCACCAUCGUCAACAUUUUGACAAACCGCAGCAAUGAACAGCGACAGGACAUCGCCUUUGCCUACCAGAGGAGGACAAAAAAGGAACUUCCCGCGGCUCUGAAGUCUGCUCUGUCUGGCCACCUGGAAACAGUUAUCCUGGGCCUGCUGAAGACCCCAGCCCAGUAUGAUGCUUCUGAGCUGAAAGGGGCCAUGAAGGGCCUAGGAACUGAUGAAGACACACUCAUUGAGAUCAUCUGCUCGCGAACAAACCAGGAGCUUGGUGUAAUUAACAAAGUCUACAAGGAAAUGUACAAGACUGAGUUGGAAAAAGACAUCAUCUCAGACACAUCUGGCGAUUUCCGCAAACUGAUGGUUGCAUUGGCCAAGGGGAGGAGGAGCGAGGACAAUUCUGUGGUGAAUUAUGAGCUGAUUGACCAAGAUGCUCGGGAUCUGUAUGAUGCUGGUGUGAAGAGGAAGGGCACAGAUGUUCCCAAGUGGAUCAACAUCAUGACCGAAAGGAGUAUCCCCCAUCUUCAGAAAGUAUUUGAUAGGUACAAGAGCUACAGCCCGUAUGAUAUGUUGGAAAGCAUCAAGAAGGAAGUGAAAGGAGACCUGGAAAAUGCCUUCCUUAAUCUCGUUCAGUGCAUUCAGAACAAGCAGUUGUACUUCGCUGAUCGGCUGUACGACUCAAUGAAGGGCAAAGGAACUCGGGACAAGUUGUUGAUCAGGACUAUGGUCUCCCGCUCCGAGGUUGACAUGCUGAAAAUUAAGAGUGAAUUCAAGAGGAAAUACGGGAAGUCGCUCUAUUACGUCAUCCAGCAAGACACGAAAGGCGACUAUCAGAGAGCGCUCCUGAACCUGUGUGGAGGAGAAGAUUGAAAACUGUGAUGAGAAUGAAAAAGAAAAUCCCGUUCCUGCCCUGAAAUGUGCUCCCCCCCUCACCCUCUCUCUCUGCUUCCCUUAUGCUAACACUCCUUUGCAGAACUAGUUCCAAUGACACAGUAGCCUUGCUAACUCGACUUCUGUAUUCUAUAUAUGCAAGACUGAUCGCUGUCAGUUGCUUUCGUGUAGUUCCCUUCCUGGGCUCUGUGUUGCUUGGCUUUUACCCAAGUAGCUAAUCUCAGCAGAAGUAAUAAAGCCAAAGAAGUUAACAUUCCAAAGAGAGAGAGAGGCAGGCAUGCCUGUGUUGUGAAAGGCUCUGCCUCUGUGUUAUGUUCCUGUCUACAGUACCAAUAAAGUGGAGUUUUUACUUUAAGAAAA